AUGCGAUACAUUGGAACCAGCGCCAUAUACGUAGCGGCUUUUACAGCUGCUGAGACUGCCCAACAGCACACCUCGGCCAUAUCCCAAACAGCCAAUGCUUGGAAUCUUCAACGAGACCUCCAAAGUAACGACUCGACUUUUGACGACAUCUGCAAUUACUACAAGGAGACUCGCUUUGACUUUGACUGCGCCUGUGACGUGCGAGGUCGUUCCAUAGCAUGCGUAUCCGAGCUCGAAUGCGAUCAACGCACCAUGACGUGUGCGACUUUUAGUACAGUUAUCGCUUUUGCUGCAGAGGAAUGGAAUGUAAAGCGGACUGAGGUAUGUGUAGACUACUCCGACCUCAAUAGUGAGGAAGACUCGUUCCUAAUGAAUGACGGAUGCAUUUUGAUCGAGGCAGAGAGUGGUCUUCUGAGACCAGAAUCUUGCUUCAUGUUUUUCAAUGCCGAUCCCUUUGAACAAUCAGUCUGCACCUCCUGUACACUGUGCGAGGAUAAAGGAGGAGGGAUUUCGUUCGACAUUGACUGCUCAAACGUCGAACCGCUGGCUUCCACGAAUGGCUGUCAAUAUAUGGACACGGAACGUCGAUUCUUUCCCGGCUUUAAUGACAUUACGGUAUCAACAAGUGGCUGCAAAACUUUAUUUACAUUCCUGUCAAUUGGGUUGCCACUUGUGGGUCUUCUGGGGAGUAUGUAA